AUGGCAGACAAAAAAUGCACAAUUUACAUUAUUGACGUAGGACCCACCAUGUGGCAAAAGCAACGCAAGUUUGGAGGUACUGGUUUAGACUUGGCCAAGAAAGCCGUUUUAACCAUGCUUGAAGCAAAGGUUAUUGCAGGUUUAAAAUCUGACGUAACAAGUUUGAUUAUUGUUGGAUCUGACGAAACUAAGAAUUAUAUGAACGAUGAAUCGGGUGGUUAUGAAAAUAUAUCGGUACUUUAUCCCAUCGAACAACCAAAAUUACCUAUUCUUCGAACGAUCGAUGAACUUUCUCAAGGAAAUUUUCACGCUGACGUCUUUGAUGCACUUAUACUCGCGUUGGGAAUGAUCACUGCACAUUGCCGAAACUUAAAAUAUAAAAAAAACAUUUAUCUUUUAACUGAUGGAGAAUCGGAUAUAAAUAAAGCAGAUUUUAAUACAGUAGUUCAACAAAUAAAUUCUUCAAAUAUUGAAUUAAAUAUCUUGGGAGUGGACUUUAAUGAUGAAGAAUUAGGUUUUGUUGAGGAAAAUAAAUCAAAAAUAAAGGAAGAGAAUGAAAAAUUUUUUCAUGAUCUUACUAAAUCUUGUCAACAAGCCACAGUCUUUUCAAUGGAAGAAACUUUAAGGCAACUUUCAAAACCUUAUAUAAGACCUGUUCGUCCAACACCAGUUUAUAAAGGAACGUUAACUCUUGGUGAUGCUGAAAAUAAUCCUCAAACAUUCCUUAUGAUCAGCAUUGAAAUGUAUAAUCGAACAACAAAAGCAAAACCUACAAAUACAAAAAAAUAUUCUUCCGUAGCUGAGGCUUCUGCCAAUAAUGAUAAAAAAACGUUUGAAGUGAACAUUUCUAAAUCUUUUUAUGUAUCCAACCUUAAUAAUGAAGCAGUUGAAGUUCCAUUAGAUGAAUUAAAUAAGGCUUAUUUAUUGGGAAAGACUUAUGUACCUGUUGAUGAGUUAAAUGAAGGAAUCUUUAAUUUAUCUACAAAAGAUUCCAUGCAAAUUAUUUGUUUUUUGAAAGCUAGUGAAUUUCCACGAAAAUAUUUCAUGUCAAAUGUAGCUGCAAUUUUGCCUCAAAAAGGUAGUUCAAUUAUGGCUCAACGACUUUCUGCACUUAUUCAUGGUUUAUUCGAAAAAGAUUCUUAUGCAAUGGUUCGAUAUGUGCGUAAAAGCAAUGAUGCACCAAAACUUGGAAUAUUGAUUCCUUACAUUAGUGCUCAAAAAGAAUGUUUAUAUUUCACUCGGAUCGCAUUUAAAGAAGAUUAUCGCAAACUUACAUUUCCACCAUUGGAUCGUGUCAUUAGUAAAUGUGGUAACAAUUUGACGAAUCAUCCUUACUUACCGACUGACGAAAUGUUGGAUAAAAUGGGUAAAUUCAUUGAAAAUAUGGACAUUAAAUCCAUUAAAUACCAGAAAGAUAGUGAUCCGAAAGAACAUUUGAAAGUGAAAGAAUGCUUUAACCCAACCAUUCAUAUGACAAAGAAGGUGAUUUGUCAUCGAGCGCUUCAUCCUGAUCAACCUAUUCCCCCACCUGAUCCUGAGAUGAUAGCCCAAACAAAAUUGUUACCUCAGUUGAUUGAAAAAAAUAAAGAAUUGGUGAAUGAAUUACGAGAAAUUUUGAAGAUCAAGCAAGUCAUUAAAGAGAAGGGUAAAGCCAGUAAACGGAAAUUUGCAGAUGCAAAUCGACCUACUGCUCAAAUACUUAGUCUGGAUGAACUUUUGAGUACGGAACCUCAAGAAAAUGGGAAAAGGCCCAGACCAGACAAUGAUAUUAUAUCGGAUACACUUUCUACAAUUUCUCAAUCAGAAAUUGUUCGAGAAGUUGGUACCGUUGAUCCAGUUAAGAAUUUCAAAAUAAUGAUUUCGAAUCACUCUAAAGAUAUGAUUACAACUGCGGUAGAACAAAUGUCACAAGUUAUUUUACAUUUUGUCAAAACAUCAUUCGGUGAAGGAUUAUAUAAAAAAGCUAUAGAAUGUAUGGUCGUUUUACGUCAAACAUGUGCGCAGGAAGACGAAUCUACCAGGUUUAAUGAUUUUCUUAAGGGUUUGAAAAGCCUGUGCUUUGAUUCUCAACCACCUAAAAUUAAUUUUUGGGAAAUGGUUGUUAAAGAAAGAAUAACAUUAAUUAGCUCAGAAGAAGCUAAUAGCGCAACUUCAUCACAAGAAGCAGAAGAAUUCCUUCAGGAAGCACCAGAUAAGAAAACAAAUAUUUCUAUAAUGAAUGAAGAUGAAGUAGCUACUGAUGAUCUGUUUGACUUGAUGGAUGAUUAA